GGGCGAGCCGGAGCAUGGAAGCCGGGCAGCCCCGGGAGGCCCGUGAACCCGGGCCCCGGCCCGAGACCGCCUCGGCGGUGCGCUGGGAGGAGGCCAAGACUUUCUACGACAACCUCACGCCCAAGAAGAAACCCAAAUCGCCCAAGCCUCAGAAUGCAGUGACCAUUGCUGUGUCCUCCAGAGCCCUGUUCCGCAUGGAAGAGGAGCAGCGCAUCUACACGGAGCAGGGCGUGGAGGAGUACGUGCGCUACCAGCUGGAGCAUGAGAAUGAGCCGUUCAGCCCUGGACCAGCCUUCCCCUUUGUGAAGGCCCUGGAGGCUGUGAACAAGCGGCUUCGGGAGCUAUACCCUGAUAGCGAGGACGUCUUCGACAUUGUCCUCAUGACCAACAACCACGCUCAAGUGGGGGUCCGCCUCAUCAACAGUAUCAACCACUAUGACCUGUUCAUAGAGCGAUUCUGCAUGACAGGUGGGAACAGCCCCAUCUGCUACCUCAAGGCCUAUCACACCAACCUCUACUUGUCAGCUGAUGCAGAAAAAGUGCGAGAAGCCAUUGACGAGGGGAUCGCAGCUGCCACCAUCUUCAGCCCCAGCAAGGAUGUGGCUGUGUCCCAGAGUCAGCUCCGCGUGGCCUUUGAUGGGGAUGCCGUUCUCUUCUCCGACGAGUCAGAGCGCAUCGUCAAGGCCCAUGGGCUGGACAGAUUCUUUGAGCAUGAGAAGGCCCACGAGAACAAACCUUUGGCCCAGGGCCCCCUGAAGGGCUUUCUAGAGGCCCUGGGUAGACUUCAGAAGAAAUUCUACUCCAAGGGCCUGCGGCUGGAGUGCCCAAUUCGCACCUACCUGGUGACAGCCCGAAGCGCAGCCAGUUCUGGGGCCCGGGCUCUCAAGACCCUGCGCAGCUGGGGCCUGGAGACGGAUGAGGCCUUAUUCCUGGCUGGAGCACCCAAAGGCCCCCUCCUUGAGAAGAUCCGCCCACACAUCUUCUUUGAUGACCAGAUGUUCCACGUGGCCGGGGCUCAGGAGAUGGGCACCAUCGCUGCCCACGUGCCUUAUGGUGUGGCACAGACACCCCGGAGGGCUGCGCCUGCAAAGCAGGCCCCAGCUGCACAGUAGCUGCAUCGCCUCGAUCCAGGCUCCCUGUCACACUUCAGCGCCCUUUUCGGUGAACCCUCUAGUCCCUGCCACCCUUCUGCAUGCUGCCGUCAUCCCUCUGCAUGAGGUACUCGUGGGAAAUUUCCUCUUGAAUUUUGAAGGCAGAGCUGCCACGUUCACCAUCCGUCCUGGGCAAACGCUGCCAUGAGAUUGGCAAGCACAGAAGAACUGUGCAGAGUAGCUGGGUUUCAGAAUAAGAGAGAGAGAGAGAGGGAGGGCUGGGAGGGUCAGAGAAACUAGAAGGCCAAGGACUUGGAAUGAAAACUGUGAGAGAGGGUAGAUCUGACAUCAAAGCUCUGCCCUGGUAUGAACUUCACGACACAAGUCCUCCCCCUUCAUGAAUCUCAGUUUCCCCAUCUUUUAGUUGGUUUUCAGACCAUCCUAUAGCCAGGGGAGCUUGGUUUGAUGCCAUUGCAGGUUAAAACGAUCAUCCUGGUUCAUGGCUGUUAGUACACAUGGCAUCAGUGCAAAUUAUAAGACACCCUGUCUAGAUGAAUGAACAACUGAAAGAUGGCCCUUCCUCUAGCCUGACCCAGGAUGUCGGGUGGAUUUCAGCACCAUCCCCCCUUGCCCAGAAGCCCACCAUGUGGGUACUUUGCAUAAUCCUCCACAGCUGCCAGUUUUAGAACUUCCCAUGACUGGAAACAACUGUGAUUUGCUAACCUGAGCCAUGGAGGUUCAGCUGCCAGGCAAAGUAACCUUUGCCUAAAGGAGUGGGGAAUGUAGCCCGCAUGCGAAUCCUCCUACCAGCAGGGGCCACUGCAGACUCUGACUUGGUUGGGGCCCUUUGGUGACCGCCAGCUCAGGGUUUCCAUUGCUUCAGCCUUUAGCCAAAGUUCAGUCGUUCUGCCUGCUAAGCCCCUCAGCUCAGCCCUGGGUCUUCCAGUCACUGCAACUGGCCAUGCUGUAGGAGAAUUGUGGGGAGUAAGCAGCUUGAAGUAAGAGUCAGGCAGAGCCUGAGGGUUAAAAGUUACUACAGGGGGAAGUGAAAAGUGUCCGGUCUGAUCUGAGACCCGAAGCGCCAAGGCAGUGAUGGCUUAGAGAGGAACAAGCAGAGGUACCCAAGCAAGACUCGGCUGGGCAUGGUGAGCUACCCUGGUAAUAAUCUCCCUGGGGUGCUGUGCAAGGGAUACUGGGAUGAGGCAACCUCCGUGAGGUACACUAGUAAUUCCUCUACCCUUGCAUGAACCCUGGAGCCCCUUCCUUCCUGCCUUCUGAGGAGCAUCUUCCAACAUGAUGGCCAGCUUCCACUGCCAUCCCCGCACCCUCCUAGAAGCAGGAGUGGCCAGUCCCCCAGGGCGACAAGAAGAGAUAAGCAGGCAUUGUGUGUACACUGAUGAUCGAUCUCUCACAUGGAUCCUAGCUGCGAGCAGGCACUCGGUGAGGAAACUCAGAGGCAUCAUUAGACGGGGUAGGAGCCUGGAGGUGUGGGGAAGGGCAACGUGGGGACUCUUCUGUCCUUCUAGGCACUUUACCCAGAGUCUGAAUAAGUACAUGUUCUGGCUGGUGUGGCUCAGAGUAACAGCUGUAGGAAGGUAGGAAAAAGAAGACCCAAGAGCUUCUGAACAUAAGCACCUGUUUUGGCCAGGAGUGCUGGACUGGGCUUGCGCUGGGUGUCUGAGCUGUGCAGGGAGGCUGUUCCCUGAAGGAGGAGCUGACUGUGAGGCGGACACAGACUUUGGCCUCCUUCCCAGGCCACUGGCAUCGUUGCACCCAGGAAAGCGUGGCACAAAGGUGUUCUCAUGCAAGGUCAUUGCCAUCACCUAGCCAGGGCCCUUCUGGACAGCAGAGUAGCCCUGAGGCAGGAGGUCUGAUAAUGAGCCUUUUCUACAGAGAUACUGUGUGACCUAAGAAAGGUGCAAGGAUACCAAAAGAGAUGGAUCUCAGCCUCAGGAUCACCUUACAUCUCGACUGGAGCCCUCUGCCCUGGGGUCACAAUUACCCCUUGAAUGAGCCCAUGAGGCUCUCAGAGCCCCCGCUCACAGACUAUCACUAGGCUGCCCAGCCAGGGUGAACCCAGACACUGAGGGCAACACCAGACAUUACCUAAU